GGGAGCGCGCCGCGUCUAUCCCGGGCCCGGCUCCGUGCGCGCUGGCCGCGGGAGGGCGGGGGAGCGCCGGGGAGCCCGAGGGGAGCGAAGUCUCGCGAUAUCGCGCGCGGCGGCGGUGGCGGCGGCGGCGGCGGCGGCGACGGCAGCAGCGGCGGCGGCCGGGGAGGUUCACAAUAAAGGUGCUAAUAAAGAGAAUGUAAGACAAGAAUAUAAUUGAAUAUUUGAUUGAGCACCAAACUACUGGCAUGGUUGCCUCAGAUAAUAGGAUUUCUCCUCUGGUUAAUUAGAAACCAAAGAACUGGAUUACAAGUCUCUUCAACAGACCACAUUUAAGAGGUAUCUCGGACUACCCAUUGCCAGUGGCUGGAACACAAUGGAUCACCCAGGGGCACUAGACACUGAGGAUGAAUUGGGACCUUUAGCCCAUCUUGCUCCAAGUCCUCAAAGUGAAGCUGUUGCCCACGAAUUCCAAGAACUCUCCUUGCAGUCCAGUCAGUACUUACCCCCUCUGAACGAAAGGAAGAAUGGAAGUAUAGUCUUUUGGGAGUCAGGACUCCAGUCUCCUCUGCUGACUCAGUCUGUGAGCAUGGUGCUUCAGCUGAGGCUGCAACAGAGGCGGACGCGGGAACAGCUCGUGGACCAGGGCAUCAUGCCACCCUUGAAGAGCCCAGCAGCAUUCCAUGAGCAGAUAAAAAGCUUGGAACGAGCCAGAACUGAAAACUUUUUGAAGCACAAGAUUCGAAGCCGACCAGAUCGUUCUGAACUUGUCAGGAUGCACAUUUUAGAAGAAACAUUCGCAGAGCCAUCCCUGCAGGCCACUCAGAUGAAGCUGAAAAGAGCCCGCCUCGCUGAUGAUCUCAAUGAAAAGAUUGCUCAGAGACCUGGUCCUAUGGAGCUGGUAGAGAAAAACAUCCUGCCUGUAGACUCCAGUGUUAAGGAAGCAAUUAUAGGUGUUGGGAAGGAAGGCUAUCCCCAAACUCAGGGUGAUUUCUCAUUUGACGAAGACAGUAGUGAUGCUUUGUCUCCAGACCAGCCCGCCAGCCAGGAGUCGCAGGGCUCGGCUGCAUCCCCAAGUGAGCCAAGAGUUAGUGAGUCACCGUCUCCUGUGACUGCAAACACUCCAGCCCAGUUUACUACAGUGUCCCCAACAGUUCCUGAAUUCUUGAAAACUACUACUACUACUACUACUACUACUACUACUACGGAUCAGCCCCCUACAAGGUGCACAGCUCCUGUGCUCCCCCCAAACACUGUGUCCUCAGCAAAGCCUGGGCCAACACUGGUAAAGCAAAGCCACCCCAAGAAUUCAAAUGACAAGCACCGUAGCAAAAAAUGCAAAGACCCCAAACCACGGGUAAAGAAGUUGAAAUAUCACCAGUACAUUCCCCCCGACCAGAAAGGUGAGAAGAGUGAGCCGCAGCUGGACUCCAACUACGCCCGCCUGCUCCAGCAGCAGCAGCUGUUCCUGCAGCUGCAGAUCCUGAGCCAGCAACAGCAGCACUACAACUACCAGACCAUCCUGCCUGCGCCACUCAAGCCACUCAAUGACAAAAAUAACAACAGUGGCAAUUCAGCUUUGAACAAUACUACACCUAACACACCAAGACCGAAUGCAUCUGCUCCUGUGAGGAAGCCAGGACCUCUGCCUCCCAGUUUGGAUGAUUUAAAGGUAUCAGAACUGAAAACAGAACUGAAGCUGAGAGGUCUUCCAGUGUCAGGCACCAAACCAAACCUUAUCGAACGCUUGAAACCCUUCCAGGAGAUGAACAGCAACGGAGCUGCUGCUGAUGGCAUCGUGGCCGUGUCAACAGCUGCUGUCAUCACCAGCAGCCCAGAAGUCACCAUGGCAGUGCCAGUCACCACCCUGCAUAACUGUGUGGCAAGCUCGGGCUCCCCUCUCAAGGCAGAACUGCCCUCUGCUGGAGCCAGCAAUAUGAUCCACGUGGAGAAUGUUAACUCGCCUCUGCCAAUCUCACCAUCUCCCUCCGAACAGUCCAGUCUCAGCACCGAGGACACAACCAUGGCCGACACUUUCACUGAGAUUAUGACCAUGAUGUCUCCAUCCCAGUUCUUGUGUUCAUCUCCGUUGAGAGUGACCAGUAACGAAGACAGCCUGAGUCCCACCAGCAGCACUCUGUCCACUCUGGAACUGGAUGCAGCUGAGAAGGAUCGCAAGCUUCAGGAGAAAGAAAAGCAGAUCGAAGAGCUAAAGAGGAAAUUGGAACAAGAGCAGAAGCUCGUGGAAGUUCUGAAAAUGCAACUGGAGGUUGAAAAACGAGGGCAGCAGCAGCGGCGGCCACUGGACCCCCAGCCCAGCGCCCCUGCUCAUUCUGUCAGCCAGUCAGAGCAGAAACAGGGCAGUGUGGGCUCCUUCGUCAAAGAUGAGACCUCACUCGCUGACUGCUCCAGCCCCAGGAAGCCUGUCCCGGUAGCCAGCCAUCCUGUGGGGCAGCCUGUCUCUGUAGGUGGCCAGACCCUUGUCACCAAAAAGGCUGUGGUGAUCAAGCAAGAGGUCCCUGUGGCCCAGGCAGAGCAGCCAAGCGUGGCCCCACAGUUCUACGUGAGUUCCCAGGCACCGCCACCGCCACCGCCUGCUGUUGUCGCUCAGCCGCAGGCUCUGCUGACCACGCAGACUGCUCAGCUGCUGCUCCCAGUGUCCAUCCAGGGCUCCAGUGUCACCUCUGUGCAGCUCCCCGUGGGCAACCUCAAACUGCAGACUCCACCACAAGCAGGAGUCCAGACUCAGCCUCAGAUAGCAACCACCACCUUGUCCUCAGGCUUGGCACAGACUGCGCCUCAGCAACCAGGCACGUUCGCACCGCACGUGCUCAGUCAGCCGCAAGUCAGAAAGGUUUUCACAAGCUCGGCAUCCAAUACAGUUCUUCCAUAUCAGAGAUCACCGGCUCCAGCGGUCCAGCAGCCCUUCGUUAACAAGACGUCCAGCAGCGUUCUCCAGUCCAGAAGUGCGCCCCUUCCGUCCCUGCAAAACGGACCGAGCCCGCCCAGCAAGCCGAGCUCACCCCUGCCACCCCAGCAGUUUGUCGUCCAGCACUCUCUGUUUGGGAGCCCGGUCCCCAAGACGAAAGACCCGCCGCGCUACGAGGAGGCCAUCAAGCAGACACGCAGCACCCAGUCCUCUCUCCCAGAGGUUUCCAAUGCACACAGUCAGCAGAUGGACGACCUCUUUGACAUCCUCAUUAAGAGUGGAGAAAUUUCUCUCCCUAUAAAGGAAGAGCCUUCUCCAAUUUCCAAAAUGAGACCAGUGACAGCCAGCAUCACCACAAUGCCAGUCAACACCGUGGUGUCCCGGCCACCGCCCCAGGUCCAAAUGGCACCGCCCAUAUCUCUAGAACCUCUGAGCAGUUUAUCUGCCAGCUUAGAGAACCAACUGGAAGCUUUCUUGGAUGGGACUUUACCUUCAGCCAAUGAGAUUACUCCACUACAAAGCAGCAGCGAGGACCGAGAGCCCUUCUCCCUGAUCGAGGAUCUCCAGAACGACCUGCUGAGUCACUCGAGCAUGCUGGACCCCUCACACUCGCCCAUGGAGACCGCCGAGGCCCAGUUUGCCGCGAGCACUCCCUGCCUGUCCCUGGACCUCUCUGACUCAAACCUGGACAACAUGGAGUGGUUAGACAUCACCAUGCCCAACACGUCGUCGGGACUCACUCCCCUCAGCGCCACUGCCCCAAGCAUGUUCUCUGCUGACUUCCUAGACCCCCAAGACCUGCCGUUGCCAUGGGACUAACAUCACAGAUUCGUCGUCUGAGUUCACGAGGUUUAAGAAGACAGUACUAAAAGGUCAGUUUUUAGAGACAGCUCUAUAGUUGCGUCAUUGCAAUGAAAACAUGUCACAGAAAAAAACGGAUAGAUGGUCACAGCAUGGAAACCAAGUUUGAGGACGUUUCAUUGCACCCAGCAGUGAAUGUCUGCAUUUAAUAUAGCACAGGGCCUUCUGAAAAACCACUAGUCAAAGAAGACCCGUUUCUCCAGACUUCAGUAAAGAAUGCAAAGUACCUUUAGAUAAAACCUAGAGAGUAAUGUGUGCAGGAUAACGACAUGCAGAUUCUCUGGUUAGCAACUACAUUUAAACCUCUGUGGUCACUUUCAGGCCCUAAAUACAAGCAGACAGCUCCACUCAAACAAGAAAGCCGCGUGAGGGAGGUGAGGGAUCACCGCACCUGUUUCUAGCCUGGCCUGAGCCGCCCACAACAGCAGGGAUCCAGGCAGCGGAGAGCGCCAGCCAGGCGGCAAAGGCUUCCAGCUGAAGACUUUGGGUUCCAUUCAUAAACCAAUGUAAUAUUUUUGUGUUGUAGUUUAUCUUGUGAUUUUUGGAAUCUUACUUUAGACUUCCAACUGUAAAUGAAAGUUCUUUCACUAUAACCAGACAAUGUCUUCAAAACACUUCAUAAACCACCCCCUGUAAAAAGUCUGGGUCUAUUGGUAACACUGUAAACUCUGCUAGCAAUCCUCUGGGUUGAUUAGAUUGACUUAAUGUGUAAAUUAGACAUAUAUCUGUGCACUCUAUGUUGGGAUUUGUACAGCCUACAUGGGCAUAAGUAGUGGCCCUACUACUUUUAAUAAGUCGCAUAUUUCUGGAGUACUUGAGCCACAUGUAUUUCUGUAUUUUUAAGAAAUAACUUUCAGGUAACCAGACCAUCUCAAAGAACCAAGGAAAGGCUUUCGUGUAAAAUAUCUUUCUGAGCUGGUGAGCUGCAAAGUGAAGGCAGGAGGAGUCUGUUCCCGGACAUUCCCACACCGGUUACAGGUGAGCCUGCUGCCGAGUUGGCCUCGGACCCCCUCCGGCUGCCUCUCCUGCCGCUCAUCCUGUCACUGCUUUACAGUUUGGAACUGGAUGUCAUACCGGGGCUUUCGCUAUCUUUUCAAGCCGAAGAUUGGAAAACUGGAGGUUUUAUUCGUUUUUUAUAUAGACAAAAAGGUAUCACAUUUGUUGAGUGGUUUCUUAAGAUUUUUCUAAAAUGCCAACUAUCACAGGAUUUCUAAAUGAUUUCAAAAUAGUCAUUUAAGUAUAUGACAAAAUGUAUAAAACUGAAAGAAAAAAAAACAAACCUACAAUCUACUAAAAAGUGUACAGGUUUUCAUUAAACAAUACUUUCCUGCUCUCCACCUCACCUGUGUGAGCCCUGGGGUCAAAUUGCUCUCUGAGUCAUUGGCAAUUGUUCCCACGGCAUGUAGAGGCAGCCUGACCCAUUAUUUGGAAAGAACUUGCGAAUCAUUCUGGGUUUGUGUUUUGCCUAAGAGCUGACCUUAUUUCAAAUUCUUAUUUCAGUUUGUAAAUUUCACUACAUGUAAGAAAAGCCUUUUUCCAGAACUCGGUCUCCCAGGACCCUGGAGCUCUGUUAUCUGGCCCUUCCCAACCUGAAGUGCUUCUGACUGGUUCCGGGUGUGCUCAGUGUAGUCUGCGGUGAGUAGUUUGUUAGAAAUUGGUCAUCCCCCCACGUGUGGGAUCCAGCAUGCUGCCGUCUGACCAAACCCAGCAAGAGGGUCUGUCACCAUCGUGGGCACAAUGUGCACCUUCGAGUCACUCCUUUCAGGGCUUGUCUCCGGGGCAGGUCUGAGAGAUGAGCUUAUCUGGUCCCUACUUGGACUCUAAGCAUCAUCUUUAUUCAGAUUUAAAUGGCUUAUUAGCACCAGACAUCAGUGGGGCUGUAGGAGACAACCGAACUAGUCUGCUGACUCGCUGAAGAACUUUGUUCCCAUCCUUCUAAGCUGUGUGCACAGGUCGUUUCCUAGCCCCUGUGAACCAUGCUACAGGAAGGCUGCUCUCCAAACACACUCAGUGCAAAGAAGGCCGCCUUCUUAGCCUGCUCUCCCUGGACUGUGUUGCUAAUGUGCCCACUUUACAUCUGUGUGCUAUCCUUCAUGUACCAGCAUUUCAUUUAAGAGGAAGAAAGGUAAGGAGUCCAAUAACUAAGUCUACCAGCCACCUACGCACACCAUUCCACUGGGCCCUCCCGGCCUGAGCAGCAAGCUGGGCAUCUGUAGGCUCCCAGCUACACGUUCCAGGUUUGAGGGAGGACACAGAUCGUGUGCUGCAUGUGACAUGACCAAAGAUGAUACUCUAACCAAGGCUCCUUUGCCCCAACUCAGGGUACGUGGGGGUGAAUGCAGUGGGAAAGGUGUUGUCUGAGGUGAGGUGUAAAGGCCCCGUCAGAACAGCUGGUUGGGUUUUUGUGUGCAGAUGUGUCGUUCAGAGGAGGUACUGCUACAGGUACUGUGGUAGAGCAUCUUGCCAAGAAAACAUCUCCUAGAAACGUACUCUCUCACAGCCAGUCUUAUUCCCCCAAAUAUUCCUGAAACACGGUAGUAUCAGGUUACCUUCCUGUGUAUAUAGGUAUGCAGUCAUGUCACGGGGAGGGAUGCACAGAGGUUAUACCAAAGCUGCUUCCACAGUCUUUGGGAGUCGGGGGUGUAGUUGUCUUGCACAUUUCAGCAAAGCAUGUGCUAGAACCUAGGGACAGUGUUAGUGGUUCGGGUUCUAGUGUUUUUCCUGAAAUGUGCAAUCUACUGUAUAGCACUUGCCAUGUAUUUGUACAUAGAUGUAUUCUGAAUUCAUAGAAUUUCUCAUUCAGAUACUAUUUGUGAUUGUUUUAUAUGAAUAUUUUUAUAAUACUAAAGAGAUCUUAUUUAAAUCUCCUUUUUAAAACCUGCACGGUCCUGUGACCCAUGUUCCUGACACUUUGUAAGUGCCGUUUAAGAGCAGUGGCCAUGGCAGUCUGGUUCUGCCUCCAAAGUGCCGCCGCUUGUAAGUGAGGUUAUGGUAAUAAGAUAGCAACUGAGAGCCGUGUCAGGAGCAUGGCACCCGUUCUGUCACCAGAGCUGACGCAGGUGUCCUCACCCUCAGCCCAGAUCAUUCCAGGUCACACACAGCUUGCUUCGUCCUUUCCGAAUUCCCACUGGCCAGCCACGACAGCUGACAAGACAGCUGUCCCCACGAGUGAGGGGACAGUCCGUCUCCUGUCCGCAGACACUGGCCGAGGGGAAGUGGGAAAGCUUUCUGGCAGCAUCCAGUGCACACCACACGCCAUGCCCAGGGCCGCCUCCCCCACGUUGCUGUCCAGUGGGGAGCGCCCAGCACCGCAGGGACGGUUAGAGAACUUUAGGGAGAACAGUUACCGGGAGUCUACCAGCUGAGCAGCACGGGUCCAUUUCACCACAUUCACAAUAACCCUCCCUUUCCUAUCCAUCACCAACAACAUGGAUCCUGGCUACGGGCAGCAGAGCAGAAUACCACACCAACUGUCCAUCAGGCCACAGAGUUAGCCCCAAUUACCAAAAACAUUAACUGGAAGGUAAGGUUUAUCAAGAAACACAGCUUCCCAGUGCGGUCAUGUGUGUUUGGAGAGCAUCCUAACUGCAUUUCAGCUCAUCUUUUAAAAAGUGGCUUCAGUCAAAACUGGAAAAUAAUUCAGCUAUAUUAAUUCCUUCUCAAACUUUGGAGAGCUUGCUCAGUGAUCUUUCCAGGCUACGUUUUUACGUGUGAAGUGACUGUCUGCAUGGCAAUAUAUGUUCUUCCCUGCUCACCCUUCUGCCAGCAUUCGAGGGAAUGCAUCAUUGCAGAGGGCUUCUACCGGAAAUCUUUGAUUUGAGGCCUGUAAUUUAAAAAGCUGCACAUGUUUACAAAAGCACUCUACCCCUCCACACAAACACAUUGCUCUGUGAAUCGUUAUUGAAAAAAAUGUCACAGUCUUGUAACAGCAGGAUGGCAAUCUCAGUUCUACAAGGUGCUGUCUGGAAUCAGAUAAAACUUGUCAGUGGCAAUAUCAACACCACUGUCGUGUUUAACAGAGCUUUGUGCCAACUACUAAGUCGAAGCUUUAACCAAGUUCAUGAAUCACCGAGACUCAUAACAAUUACCUCUACAUUACGCUGUAAGAAAAGUUGCUGAUUUGGUAGGAGGAAGAAGCAUUUAGGAAAGGGUUUAGUAUCUACCAAAAGUACUUAACCUCAGGCAACCAAUAGUAAUGCAAACUUGCUUUAAAGGAACCAAAGGCAUUGCCAAGUAUUUGCCAAAAGAAGGCACUUUUUAUUUAAAAUUUGAGACUAAGGAGAUCUCAAAAAUCAGUCCCAAAAAUGUAUUAUCCAUUUAAGGUUAUAAUUUUCAGAGGUGUAGAUAUUUCUCUAUCAUUUUCAUGUAAAAUAGUAUAGAUUUGUUUUGUUGGUUUAGGAUAGUACAUAGUAGUAAUACAAAGUUUGUUUCCUUUCUACGUACAACUUAGCUUUCUUCUUUUCUUGCUUGCAAUAGAAAUGCAACGUGAUAGGUGUUUCUCUUAUUUUCAUUGUCACAUUAUGUCUUAGCAUCUCACUUUAUGGAAAAAAAAAAAAAAAGGAGAAAAUACCAAUCUACAGAGCCCUGCUUAUUAAAGCACUCGCUUAAGAAAUAAAAAGUUAUGGCAAUUGGGGGUCCAUUCAUGUAUUGCCUUUGUGUUGUUUUUUAAAAGAAAAACCAUGAUGCCUUUGUAUUUGCUGUUUGCACCCCUGAAAUCAAUUCCAUAUCAUGUUUGAAUGCCAUAUGUUUUGCACAUGUACUGUAUAUAGGUAAUGCAUACUGUAUUUUUAUAUGUGUGCACAUUUAUCAUCAGAUCUUUUGUACAUAGUGGCAGUAUUGUAGCGGAUCGGAAAAUGUUUGAUAUCUCAGCAAUUUUGCAUUUUUGUGUCUCAAAUAAAAAAACAUUUUGAUGUA